CGGGCCGCCGUCGGUUCCUAAGUGUUUCCUCUCCUUUUCAAUUAUCUUCAAGUACAAACGUUAGUUCUCGGGUCUACUGGUCGUUCAACAUCGAAAAAUGACAAAGCAUGUUAUGCCUGCGACCUCUGUCGCGCAGCCAGUGCCGUCUGACAACUCCGAUGCUGCUGGAAGGGAUUCGCGCCAACAACGCCAGCAGCUUGCAGCACUGAGAUGUCUGGGAAUCCCGACUAGCAGUAUCUCUCGUCGCAACGACGCUCUAGAUGCAGAGGAUGUGGCGAUGAAGAAGCGCCCUCGCACUACCAUCAUCACGUCCAACCUCCUCAUUGCCGGUGACGGAGAGCCGCUUCCCAACGGCGCGGUUGUUAUUGAGGACAAAAUCAUCGUCUGGGUCGGUGAUGAGGCUGAGAUACCACAAAAGUACAUGCAGGGUCCGCAAAAAUCACAUCAUGUCCCGUACAUGAUGCCCGGAUUGUGGGAUGUACACGUUCACUUCUUGGAUGGCCCAACGGACCCGGACGAGGCCCCGGCAGCCAUUGCUCUGGAAUCCCUUUGCGAGCACCCGGCCGGCACGGGUGCGAGACUCACCAAGCAAUGCUGGGACGCUAUUCAACUCGGGUACACCUCCCUUCGAGAUUGUGGCGGGUUUGGCUGUGAAGUCGCCAAGGUGAUCAACGACGGGGGCAUCGUCGGCCCGAACGUCUAUAGCGCGGGCAGUUAUCUAAGUCAGACGGCCGGCCACGGCGACAUCUUUGCGCUACCUCCCGGCGACGCAAUGCUCAAUCUCGGGAUUCAUCAUGUUACGGCUGGCUAUUGGGGCUCCGGGUUCUGUCUAUUGGUGGACGGCGUAGACGAGUGUCGGCGCGCGGUACGCCUCCAGAUCAGGAGAGGAGCUAGGUGCAUCAAGGUGUUCGCCUCCGGCGGGGUCAUGUCCCGCGACGAUAGCCCUCUGGACCAGCAAUUUUCGCACGACGAGCUCCGCGUUAUCGUCGAAGAGGCGAAUCGCAUGGGGCGCGGCGUGGCGGCCCACGUACACGGCAAGCCAGGCAUCAUCGCCGCGGCCGAAGCCGGCGUCACGACCGUAGAGCACGCAACAUUUGCUGACCGAGAAUGCAUCGCUCUCUUAAAGGAGAAGGGGAUCAUGUACGUCGCCACGCGAGCCGUCGUCGCGCGCCUCGUCGAAGGCGGGGGGGAAGGCCUGCCGAGCAAGGUAUGGGAAAAAGUGCAGCUCGUCAACACGAACCAUCUCGCAGCGUAUAAGCUGGCUAUCGAGAGCGGGCUGACCAUCGCGCUGGGCACGGACGGGCGACCGGGCGACGACAAGGCCAAGGAGCUGCAGCACGCGGUCGAGGCGGGGAUGAGCAACCUGGAGGCUAUUAGGGCGGCGACGGUUAACGGCCCGCUGACGCUUGGGAAUCAGGCGCCCAGGUCUGGUCGGCUCGCGGUGGGCUAUGAGGCGGAUAUCUUGGGGCUGCUGGAGAAUCCUGCGGAGGAUGUGGGGGUGUUGCAGAGAAGGGAGGUUAUUCGCUGGGUGUGGAAGGGUGGGAGAUUGUACAAGGGACCGGGGGUUGGGCCAUGGGGCGAGGAAUCGUGA